UUGCAAUUGUCGGGAUCCCCAGGAGGGACCCGGGGGUCGGGGAAAGGAGGUGCAAGGAGCUCCGGGGCGGGUCUUGGGCAGGUGGGGGCGGGCUGAGCAUCGGCUUUUGGCAGCCUCACAGGAGGCAGAGGGAGCGGGAGGACCCGGAGGAUGCUGCGGAGGAUGCUAAGUUUGUGCUGGCUGCUACUCCCCCUGGUUGCGGGAAUCCAUCCAGAAUGCAAGAUAUUCCAGCAAGUCGUGAAAGAGGAGGCACUCUGCCUAGAAAAGAAUGAAUCUGUUUCAUCUGAUUUUAAAGGAUGCACCAGAGAUUGGGAUGGUCUAAGCUGUUGGCCCAGAGCUUCUUUUGGGGAAAUGGUUAAAAUUCCCUGUCCGAGAUUUUUUGAAGAAAUAACCAAUAUCCAUGGCUUCCUUCAGAGAAACUGUACACAGGAAGCAUAUUGGUCAGAACCAUUCCCACCAUACGCUCUUGCCUGUGGAUUCGAUGAAGGUUCCAGUAAAGGGCCUGAGGAUCAGAAAUCAUAUUAUUCUGCAUUUUGGCGUGUCUACACUGCUGGCUAUGCAGCAUCAGUGACUUCACUCAUUACAGCUCUAAUUGUCUUUGCUGCCUUCAGAAAAUUCCACUGUACACGGAAUUACAUCCAUAUGCACCUGUUUGUCUCCUUUAUCCUGAGAGCAAUUGCUGUGUUCACCAAAGAUGCUGUUUUGUUUGCAGAUGAAACUAUGGACCACUGCCUAAUGUCAACGGUUGCUUGUAAAGCUGCUGUAGCAUUCUUCCAAUUCAGUAUUUUAGCCAAUUUCUUCUGGCUUCUUAUAGAAGGGAUAUACCUGCAAACACUGCUUUUGCUGACCUUUGUUUCAGACAAGCAAUAUGUAUGGUGGUUCAUAUUUGCUGGCUGGGGAGCUCCCACUGCUGUGAUGUUUACUUGGGUCCUCACAAGAAUACAUCAACAAAAUACUGGAUGUUGGGAUGACGAUGAAAAUGGAGUAGUGUUAUGGAUCAUCAAAGGCCCCAUUCUGCUAACUGUAUUAAUUAACUUUAUUAUAUUUAUUAAUGUGAUCAGAAUUCUAGUUCACAAAUUGAAAUCUCAAGAUGGAGGAGGGAGCCAUUCAAGCCACUUUGUGAGACUUGCUAAAUCUACAUUACUCUUGAUCCCACUCUUUGGAGUGCACUAUAUUGUAUUUGCAUUUUUCCCAGAAAGCACUGGUCUGGAAGCUCGCCUUUACAUUGAGCUAGGCUUGGGAUCCUUUCAGGGUUUUGUUGUUGCUCUUCUAUAUUGUUUCUCAAAUGCAGAGGUUCAAAGUGAACUCAAGAAACAACUGUGCAAGUGGCAGUAUCAAGAAUACCUGAGCUUCACACACAAACAUGGGACUAUGUCCAGAGAAAACAGUCCAGUCAACUAUGUUACUCAGUUAUCAUUGCUUGAAAAAAUCAGUCCAAAAAGGAAAAUGUCUGCAUACCAGAAUGGUGUAACUUCUGUCUGAGUUUAUCUAGCAGGCUGAGUUGCUGUAACCUUGUAGCAUACUACCUAAACUAUAGACAGUUGGGAUUCUUUAUAGCUUUCUGUAGUGUCAACAGACUUCUGAGAAUUUCUUGUCCUGAACAUGAGCUUCUUUUCUCACCUGGUACAGGUUAGUAUCACAACUCUGGCUCUUUCUCUCCUCAGCCACACAAAAUCCACUUUUUUAUUCAUUGUUGCUGUUGUGAAAUGACAGACCUUGAGGUCUUGUGCAUCGACAAGUUAGCACUCAAAUCAAAGCAACUACAUUCAUUUUUUCCCAUGGCCAGCAUGUUCAUUAUAUCUUUGCCAGUGUUUCCUGAAAUUUCAGUUUGGAAGAGCACUAUAAUUAAUCUUCCUUUGAAAGAGUUAUAGAGUGGCAAAAGCUUGUGAUAAUAACUAGUGAUUUUUUACUAGUUUUGAGGCAACUUCAGCCAACUUAGUGGAAUUAUGCACUGAGAAGUGCUAAGCACAUACCUAAGGAGCAGUAACCUCCUUUGAAAGGAAUCUCAAGGUGUCACAAGAGUGAUGCAAAAAUGACUGAGUUGCAUUAUUUUCUUGGUUUUUGUUUGAUUUUUUUUUUUUUUUUUUUUUUUCAUGCCUGUACAAUGGAGACAUUAAGUCAGGCCAGAGGACUCAAGAUGGCCUUUUCUCAUCCAUAGGAAAACAUAUAGUAGCUGAGCAUUAGGAAGAUUAUGCAUGUACAAACGAAGAACAUACAGCAAACACAAUGCAAUAUCCCAACUGGGCUUUCUUAAACUCAGAAUAAUUUACAAAUUGAAUCUUCUUAGUGACCAGACAUUGGUCCAUGUGUAGCUGGAACAGAACUUCUAUUGCAAUAUCCUUGAAGGUUACCUGGAUCCACCAAUUAAAUUCACAGUUAAAUUGUGCUUUUGUGAUUUUUGGUGACCUCUAUUUCAGGAUGAACUCUGUGAUUGCACUCUGUUGAUUUUAGUCCUGCCCACCAUUUCUCUGCUCAUUACCACUCCAGUGAAGAACGUGUCAGAGGUCAGAAGUGAAACAGAGUAUAGUCUAGUAAAACAGAGCAAACUAAUCGCGUACUUACAUCACUUCUUUGGGUGGCCUUUCUCUUUCUUUGGGAUUGAAUUGGCCUCUGCAUCAAACUCUCCAAAAAGCAGUGUGUGUACACAAGGUACACAAAACAUAGCUGUAGUUCAUUUCAAGAUGGGACCAUUCCCAGAAGGACCUGCAUCCAGACAGGAUGCACUUAUAGUGACUGUAGCCAUUUAAGUACACCCUGAAAUUUCUGUGAACUGAAAUACCAGUUUAGCUUUAAAAAGUAGAGCUCUGGUCUCUCAUUUUGUUGAACUCUUGGUUAAUUAUUUAAGCAAGGUGAUAUUUGACUUUGUGGGAACCACUGUUGAUUUUAGGUGCAUCAUCUCUAGCCUUAUUAUUACAGCAGAGAUGCAUUGUCCAGGUUUCUAUACACAUAAUAGAGAUCACUCCUUUAUUAAUCAGACAUUUACUCCAUUUGUCCCAAUGAAUCACAUGCCCUAUACAAGGUGUUAUCUUGUCUAUUCUGACCACCUUAUUAGUUUUCCUUGUAAAAGUAAUCCUUGCUCCUGUGUUGUGUGUUGCCUAGCAUAGUGUUUUGAACCCAUUUGUGUGAUGUAUAUCUAUAAAAUGUAAGUGAUAAUUAAAACUGUUGUGUUUGUAAUUUUUUAAACAUUUUAUGUCAGUUUGGAUGUUUCCUUUGAGACUUUAUCAAAAAAUGACAGUCUUAUAAUUGUGUUUGUUAUGGAUACACUUUUGAAGCCAAUGAAUAUGUAUGAUUAUGAUCUCUUUACCCAAGAGGAUAUUUACAUUAUAGAAACUUCAACCUGUGGCUUGAGUUAAUGCCUCGCUCCUCUUUCAAGACACCAUCACCAAGACACAGCUUUGUAGUAGCCUGCUUCUAUAAAUUUAGGAAAAAGGAUCAUUUGUUUGGAUAUUUGGCUACUUAUGAAUGUUUUCUUGAGGAAAUAAUUAAACAGUGUUGAGUUAUGAAGGAAUUGACACACAAUUUCCUUUCAUCUGUCUUUGGAGGGAACAAAUUGGAGUGAUCCUGCUUUUGUGUGACCUGAGAAUGUUUCCUAAAAAGACUGGCCUGAGGCUUUAUGUUUUGAACAUACUACCAUAUUUUCUCUUACACCUUUCUUCAUGGUUUAUUUGGUGUAUAUAUCAGCCAUCCUGUGUAACACAGCAAUUCCCACUUCCCAUCUUGCUCUAGAAUGGCCUAAAUUUGACUUUAAGGCCACCUAUCUCAAUACAUGUCCUUUGAUUUUAUUACUGGGAAGUUCUUUACUGGAUCAAGGAUCCAAGGAAAGGAGAAAUGAUGACAAAGAGUGGUGGUAGGUACAUCAUGAAGUAUCUUUCCAUCACUCAUCUAGUGUUCAGCAGCAGAAAAUUCAAAAUAUCCAGUAAUGCCACUGUUCUUGUCAGACUUCACAAAACUGUUUUAUGCCCAUCUAAAGUCACCAUUCAUGCUCAGAUUGCAUUAACUCCUUGGAUAAACUCUUUCCACUUCCUGGAUAGCCUCUUUCCAGACACCCUCACAUCCCACCUCCCAGCGAUCCAACAAAAUCCCUCAAAUGUUCUCCAGGAACCUUAGCAAUAUGCCAGCCACCUGUUCUGCCUGGGCCUUGUCCAGAAUGUCCCUACAUCCCUCCUUAUGCUUUUGACAUUUCCAAGUCUUAUACUUUUCAAUCAUUUUUGAUCAAGAUGUGUAAGCCAUAAGCUGGAACUGAGGGCUAUAUAAAGUUAUUCCGCACAUAUAAAAACAUUAUUUGCAUAAUUUGUAUAAGGGCACACUUAGAACAACCCGAUGAUGAGGUUAAUAACCCCGGGGAGAGCAAAAGUUUCUUGGAUAGAGAUUUUGUGUGGGCACUGAGAAGGCUGCUUCAUGGCACAUGUAAGGACAUGAUGGUGUAUGCAGGAAAAGAAAUGUUUUAGGGAUAUAUUGCUUCAUUCCAGGACUUUGAAGGCAGCAAAGGCGUUGUCACAAAGGAUGUCUAGAAGUGCUGUGCCAGUUGUGUGAAGACACUGCCAUCUUGUGGUUUAUGGUGUGUGCUGGGCAUGCUGCUGACCGGUCUGGAAGUUCACAGUCAGAACAGCCAUGAAGCAUGCUGGAGCAUUGCUCACUGUUCACAGUUAGCUGAGGAUCUGAGGUGUACCCCCUCAAAAGUGAGAUUUAUAUGAUUACCAAGGGACAUGUGCAAUAUAUCAUUUAGUAUAUCAGCUAGGAAAAGUUUUCUCUAAUUCUCUGUUAUCUUUCACAGUUUAACUCUCCACAUAUUAUUUUAAAAUCUAUUUAUAAAUUACACUAACUUGUAGAAAAAACAAUUGUUUCAGCUGUUUAUCUUGAUGUUGCAUGGUGCAGCAGAGUGAAGUUGAUUAACUGACUGAAAUUUCUCACUA